CAAACGCCCGCGCUCUUUUGAGUAUACUUUGAUUUCUUCGAGCUACUGUCCAACAUGUACAAGCCGAGCUUCGUAGAUCUACACUUCGAUAACUUCUGCGAAUUCAUAGAGAAGGACACAUUCCUGGGCUCGGCGAUCGUGGCUGCAUACUUGAAGUCCACGCCGAAGGAGAAACGUUUGAAGAAUCUCAGCUGCCCCAUUCCUCCGGGUGAUUACGUGUACGAAAAUAUGACGGUGCCGCCGGCUUCCAUAUACAAGCAUUUCCCCUUCACAAACGGCCGAAUUUACUGCAACGUCACUUACCUGAAGAAGGACUUAGUUUUAUCCUUUAAUGUUGAUAUGACACUUAAAUAA